AUGAACAUAAAUGCUAAGUUUGGUGGAGCAACACAUGAUUCCCACAUAUGGUCAUCGAGUCUCAUAGAACCCUAUAUGCGUCACCUUCAUGAAAGUGGUGAACAUGUUUGGUUACUUGGGGAUUCUGGUUAUCCACAACGCCCUUGGCUUAUGACUCCAAUAUUAAAUGCUCCACAUGGGUCUCGAGAGGAAUUGUACACCACUCGUCAUGUACAAGCCAGGACAUGUAUUGAGCGCUGCUUCGGAUUACUUAAAACACGUUGGAGGUGUUUGCUUCGUGACAGGGUCCUUCAUUAUCAUCCCAACGUUGCCAGCAAAAUAACACUUGCAUGUUGUGUGCUACACAACAUCUCGCUUCAUGCACACUUGCCAGCUCCAAGUGAUAUCCCUGUUACUACUGUAGAUGAUAAUGAUGACUCCAGUACACAAACCAUCCAAAGCACCACCACGGAGAAUCGAAAUGAAUUAAUCCGAGGCAGGGCAAUGCUCAAUUAUUUAAUAAGUAGAUUGUAG